AAAAACGUUAACAAAAUUGCCGCCGAAGUCAUUCUGAAACUGAUUUUUCAUUCAUAAUUAUGGCUACAAAUCAAGCACAGUUCACUCACAAUAUUUACAAAAAUGAUCCCAUACUCUUCAAAAGUUACAUAAAUAAAAAUGUCCACAUAUUAACUGAGGAUGAUAGUGUGCAAACUGGAUUAUUAUACACCAUUGAUCCGGUAUCUGAGAGCAUAGUUCUAAUUCAGCCUGAAGAUUCGAAUUAUCAAAUGAAAAUAAUUCUAGGACACGCCGUAAAAAACAUAGAAGUAUCUUCCGAUCCAGAAACAAUCAUACCUGAAUUAUUUUCUGCGCCAUCCGUACAAAUUUCAAAAUCAGUCAUCUCUGAAAGAAGAAAUACGAUAAAGAAAAUACUUCUCGAAAAUCGAUUCCCAGUCACAGAAGACAACGGAAUUAUACGAAUCGAGGACGCACUUUCCAUAGAACCACCAUAUGAAUUGGAUAACUUCAUUUGUGAUAACACUAUUGUUUUAGAUAGAAUACAAAAAAUUUUGUCUUCUGUAAUUAAAUAAGUUUUCACUACUAUUCAUAUUUGAAAGCAUUCUAUUUUAAAAAGCCACUUCAGUUUUUAUCAAAUGACGUAAAACUGGAAAUUUUCAUGUCAGAAUAACUUGAAAAAUAAAUAAUUGUACAGAUG